AUGAAAUAGAUCCUUUCAUAAAGCUUUACAUUUGAAUCUACGCCAACAAUCUUUAGAUAGUAAUCAGAAAGACCAACUAUAUUUUCAAAGUAGCAAAAUUAAAAAGAAUGUGAUGCCAAAGAAUUGUACGCUUUAAUUGUCAAUAAUCACAUGAUUAAAGAGAUUAGGAUUAUUAAAAUCUUCAAAGAAGAAGACCGAGAAUCCAUUUUAAAAAAUCAUAUUGUGAAUUACGUAAUCUAAAUAAGAACAGAUUAUAUUGAUUAUACGAUUCCAAAAAGAUAUUCAGAAUUUGAGAAACUAUAUGAUUCAGUAAAAAAAUCAAAUGAAAAUUAGUUACCUAUUUCUUAGAAGGAUAUGCCAAAGUUUCCCGAAAAAAAAGUUAUUUAAACAAAUUCUAGAAAAACAAUUGCAAAAAGAUAAGAGAUGCUUGAAAGUAAAAUAUGAAUGUAAUUAGAAUUUUUAUAGUAUUUAUUACAACAUUUAGACCAUUCAUUAUACUUGUUUUUGGAUUUUCUAAAAAUUAAAGGUAUUAUAAAAUUAAUCAAAAAAUUAGAGUAAUUUUAAAAAGGGGGUUUUGAUCAAAAUGUUAAAAUGCAUCAAUUUAGUAAAGAUGAAAAUGCUUUGUUUGAUCUGUUGGAUACAAAUCCAAAAAAAAUAUAACCGAAUAAUUAGGCUGAAUAAAUGAUAUUUUAUUAUUUGCAAAAAUUAAAUGAGUCAAUAAAUGAAAGAGGAAAAAUAUUUUAGUAAAUUAUUGAGUUUAUAAUUCAAGGAAAAUGGAGAAGUAUUAUUUUGGUAAAAUUUAGUAGAUAACUCCUCUUCUUUUAAAGGUGUUAUUGAUUGGAGAUGAUGAAAGGGAACUUUUAGGAAUUAUGCAUGCACUAUCAAUUUAAACUAAUGACAUGCAAAGUCAUAUAAGUUGCAUUAAUGGAUUUUAAUUUUUUAGAAAAAUUUUGGAAUAUGAUUACAAUCCAAGUAAUAAAUAAUUAUAUUUUAUAGAUGCAGAAUAGGCUCUCAAGUUAUUAAGUGAAAUAAGUAUAAAAUAGUUUAGAAUAAUGAAAAUUUAAUCCCAUAUAUGUGGAUAAUAAAAGUUAUGUAAAUCGGACUCUUUAAUGAUUCUACAUAAAUACAUACAAUAAAAUCAAUUAAAAAAUUAAAUGAUCAACUAUUUGUUGAAUGACGAUGAGGCAAUAAAAGAAUAUGAAAGUUAUGUUUUGAUAUAUGUAAAUAAGAUGAAUGAAGAAGUUAAAUAAUAAAAAGAUAGUGUUGAAAACAAUUAAGAGUUAUUACCUACUAAAUCAAAUUCAAUUGAACAUGCUAUUUUAGAAUAAGAUCCCUCGCUUGAUUAAUUAAUGGAAAUUAGUCAGAUGAAUCUGAAUUGGAAAUAUGUUUAAGGUAAUUUAAUGUAUUAAUAAUAAAAGAAUGUGAAGGACAUAUUAUGUAUCAUUUAUAAGGUUAGUUUGUAAAAACAAUUCAUCCAGUUGAAUGUUCAAUAGAUAGAGCCAUUAAAAUAUUCACUGAUUUAAAAUAAUAGUGGUUUCAUGGAAUGAUUUAGAAGGAUGUUUUGGAAUACAUUGAUGAAAAUAAAAGUGUGAUUGUUGAAUAUUAUGUUUGGGAAGACAAAUCAACAUUUAAGAAGAUGGCUUUUAUUAGUGAUCAAGAGAUCAUCAAGAUUAAUGAUUCCACUUACCAAAUCAGCAUUGUACCAAAUACCAAACAAUUACCAAAUCAUUAUAAAUUGAAAUGCGAUCAAAAAGGUAUUUAAUAGUUCAUAUACAUUUAGGACAAAAAAUGAGUAUCAUUUUAAUGAAAUUAAUAGAACCCAAUCAUACUGAUGUUGUGAUAUACUAAAAUAUUAUUGAUCUUACUUUUAGAACAGCUUUGACACCUGUAAUAUUAAAAGAGAUUCCUUGGUUCAAUAAUACAAUAACUAAACUAAAAGCUUUGCUUUGA